UGUUUGGAUGCGGUGGGAGGUGAGGACCUCGAUACAAUCGCUGUCACUGAAGAGGUAGUGAUGAGCAAACUAGUGGGCCUACAGAAAUAAGAAUUUGAAAACACUCUUAGCCAUUGGAGGAUGGAAUUUCGGCACCAUCAGAUUCACCAACAUGGUCUCAGUAGCAGAAUCCCGGGCAACGUUCAUCAGUUCCGCUGUCUCCUUUCUGCGGAAGUACAGAUUUGAUGGUCUUGACCUGGACUGGCAGUAUCCCGGCUUCCGAGACAGCCCACCAGAAGACAAAAACCGGUUCACAAGCUUGGUCAAGGAGUUGCGGGAGGCCAUUGAUAAAGAGGGAAAGGAUUCAACAAACAGCAAACUCCUGCUGACAGCCGCAGUUGCUGCUUGUCUGGAAGUUAGCGAUGCUGCAUAUGAUAUAUCCGAGAUUUCACGAUAUUUGGACUUUAUGUCCGUGAUGACGUUUGAUUUCCAUGGGCAUUGGGAAAAAUUCACUGGCCACAACAGCCCCCUCUACCGAGGUUCCAUUGAUCAAGGCAAAUAUAUUUACUAUAAUAUUGACUUUGCUUUAAAAUACUGGCAGGACCAAGGUGCCCCAGCAGAGAAGCUCAUCGUUGGGUUCCCGACAUACGGGCGCACCUUCACCCUCAGCAGUCCCGCUACCAGUGUCGGUGCUCCAGUGUCUGGAGCAGGACAAGUUGGCGUGUUAACCAGGGAGCCAGGACUAGUGGCCUACUACGAGACUUGCGUAUUUUUGAAAAUCGCUGUCUCACAAGUUAUUGCUGACCAGCAGGUUCCUUACGCAUUCAAAGGAAAUCAAUGGAUCGGGUACGAUAAUCAACAGAGCUACAAGGUCAAAGCUCAGUGGCUGAUGUCCAACCACUUUGGAGGUGCCAUGGUGUGGUCUCUGGAUCUGGAUGACUUCAGCGGAACAAGAUGUAAAGAAGGCCCCUACCCUUUGGUCAACGUAUUGAAAUCCCUCCUCAACAUUAAUGGAUGCCAAGAAUCAAUCACAAUAGCACUCCCAUCCAUCGACAUUCAGACCAAUUCCACUGUUCCAAUCACCCUCAUCACGCCCACUAACCAUGGAAUGAAUGCAAAUUCGUGGUGUGAGGGCAAAGCGGAAGGGAUAUACGCUGACCCUAUUGACCGCAGUAAAUAUUACCUGUGUGGAGCUGGAAAAACCUUACACAGUAUGUGUCCUGAACUGCUGAUCUUUGAUGAAAAUUGCAAUUGUUGCAACUGGUUGUAAUUCAUGGAAACAGGAAUAAAUACAGUUGAUUACAACAUAUUACCUACCAUGAGACUGGAAUGAAAGAUUGAAGCAUGCUAAACAUACAAUAUUUAAUUUUUUAAUAAUAUGCAAGUCUGUCAUUGUAUUUGCUGGAAUUCAAUGUGAUGCUGUAAGAUUAUGUCUCCAGUAACCACAGCUAUAGUUUUGUUUCAUUAAUGUGAACGUGGUGAUGAAUCAAUUGUUUCUGAGGAAAGAUAUUUUAUGAGGGGAGGCCUGAUAGAAGGUAAAUAAAAAUAUGAGAGGUAUAGAUAGGGUUAAUAAGAGUCCUUUUCUCAGGUAUGUCAGAUACCAGAGGACAUGGCUUUAAGGUGAGAGAGGGAAAGUUUAAAAGAGA